CACAACAGUGUCUGACAUCGAAAUUUAUACAAAAUCGCCACUGUGAUCCCCAAAACCUAGUUAUCGUGGUCUUCAAGAUAUUUUUAGUAUUUUAGGGGGAGGUAACUAUCAUCUUCUUUUUAGCCUACCCCGACUUCCUGUUUCCGCUUUCGUUUUCUGAACCGGUUACUUUGUUUACACUGGGAAGCAAAAUGGCUUCAUAUGGAAGAAAGAUGUUGGAAGCAGCUUUGUCGAAGAAUGCUCAACCAGAGUCAAGCAGGCCUUACUCCACUCGCUCUGUGAGACCUCCUACUGCUAAAGUUGAUUGUCAGGAUAAGGUAAAAGAGUGGCUACAUUUAUCAUCCUGUUGUCCAGAAGAGGGAGUUCUGGAAGAGAUGGACUGUGGGUCCUCAAGCCAUUCUGAGUAUGAG